AUGUCGUCUUCAGCGCAGUGGGCGCUGGACUACCUCGAACAGCUGCCUGGUGCCACAUUUACCAAGUUGUACCAGCAGCCAUCCACAGCACUCGCCAUAUUCCGUCGAAUGCUGCCUCACCUGGCCAAGACGCUCGUGAUGGCGAUGCUGUACAUGCCGACACCCUUCGCAGCAGCAGAUUUGGACACGUGGAUACGGCCGGACAUGCCGAGUCAGCAGGCGAGAGACAAGGCGCUGAGCACACUAUCGCGGCUGCGGAUCCUCUUCGAUGAGCAGGACAAUGGAAAGCUUACGUAUAAGCUAUCGCCCGCGUAUGGAAAGAGUCUGCGGUUGGCGUUGACGGGAGGUGGCGAUCAUAGAUCAUUCGGUGUGCCCUGCUCGACACCAGACAAGACGCCCAUCUCGAUCGACUACCUGGACACUUUUGCGCGGAGACAAUGGGAGGCCAUACUGUAUUAUGUGGUAGGCAGCGCGAACCGCGCUCUGUCUGGCGAAGUGGACAUCUCGGCUGGCACGAAGUCGCUGCUGCAAUCGGGCGAGUUCGUUAACUUGAAGGGCGGUGGAAAGCAGAGGAUGAUCAGCACGACAGGAUUCACGUUUCUCCUCCAAGAUGUGAAUGCUCAGGUGUGGUCAUUGUUGAUCGUUUACCUGGAGGCAUCGUCCUCGCUCCGCAUGGACCCCGUCGAAGUCCUCUCCUUCCUCUUCACCCUUGGCUCCCUCGAGCUAGGGAUCUCCUACAGCACCGCGAACCUCACACCAACCCAGAAACACAUGCUCGACGACCUCGCAGACUUCGGUCUCGUCUACCGCCGCACUCCCGACUCCCAACGCUACUACCCAACCCGCCUCGCCACAACCCUCACCUCCGACGCUCCCGCCCUCACAAACAACAGUCUGAUGAAGACAACCGUCGCGACCGGCGACCCAUCAACCGACUUCGCCGCCUCCGCCUCCGACGAGAAAGGUUUCAUCAUCCUCGAGACCAACUACCGCCUCUACGCCUACACUUCCUCCCCACUCCUCAUCUCCAUCCUCUCCCUCUUCGCCAGCCUAAACACUCGCUACCCGAACCUCAUAACCGCAAAGAUAACAAAAGCAUCCACCCAAGCCGCCAUAGCCGCUGGCAUAACCUCCGACCAAAUCAUCGACUACCUCACAACCCACGCACACCCCGUACUCAGGCGACAAGCCGCAGUCAACGAUGCGCCGAUCCUCCCACCGACUGUGGUCGAUCAGAUAAAAUUAUGGCAGAUGGAAGGCGAGAGGAUGGAGGCGACGAAGGGGUACUUGAUCAGGGACAUUGGAAGCCAGGAGGAGUACGACAAGGCAGUGAACUAUGCCGAUGCGAUCGGAGUGUUGGCGAAAGAGUUCAGGCACAAGGGUAGUUUCUUCGUGACGAGGAUGGAGCAGAUGCAGAGCUACUUCAAGAACGAGGCCGCCAAAAAGAAGGAGAGGAAAGAAGCUGCCGAGAGGCAGAAGAUAGGUAUUGCAUAA